AUGCUGCAAACGUUUUUUAUUCCACAACUUCAGCAAAGAAACCGUCUCCAACAGACAAUCCUUUUGCAGGAUGGUGCUCCACCACACAUUAGUAAUAAGGUAAAGCAGCUGUUGCGCCAAAACUUCACUGAUGAUAGAGUCAUAAGUCGCAGUUUUCCAGUUGCAUGGCCGCCUCGUUACCCUAACCUCACGCCAUGCGAUUUUUGGCUCUGGGGUUAUUUGAAAUCUCAAGUUUAUGUUGGUGGAGUAUCAAAUUUGUCUAUAUUAAAGGACAACAUAACAAAGACAGUGUGGAAUAUUCCUCGUGAUAUGUUACAUACGGCUGUGGAGAACAUUGUGCACAGAAUGCACGUUGGUAUUUCUGAGAGCAGUGAUCACAUUGAAUGUGGUGUAAUUCCUCACCGGGGAAGUUAA